GCUGCUUCUCUAAAGGUUGGUAGUGUCUAACCUAUGUAACAAGAUUAGCUGGCGGGCCAAGGGAGAGAGAAGCGAGCGAGCGAGAGCUUUUCAUGGACGGAGCCUUCAACCCGCUCCUUUCCCCGCGGCGGCUCCCCAGGUUGUGAGCGAUGGCCGCGGCCGACAGCGAGGUGAAAACCCUCCUCAACUUCGUCAACCUGGCCUCGAGCGACAUCAAGGCCGCCCUGGACAAGUCGGCGCCCUGCCGCCGCUCCGUGGACCACAGGAAGUACCUGCAGAAGCAGCUCAAGCGCUUCUCGCAGAAAUACUCCCGCCUGCCUCGAUGCCACCCGCACCCGCUGCAGCCCCCGCCCGCCGCCAGGGAGCGAAGGCCGCCUGAGGAGAGAGCCCGCGGCUUGGGCGCCGCCGACGGCGCGGAGGAGGAGGAGGAGGAGGAGACCCCUGCAGCAGGCCGGGGCGGCCCCGCCGCCAUGACCGCCAGGAGCAGCGACAAGGCCUCUAAGACCACAGAGCCCGGCGGCGAGCAGCAGAGCGGCUCUGAGGCGGCCACUAGGCCCGACCAAGUGCCCAUGAGGAAAAGGCAGCUGCCCGCCUCCUUUUGGGAAGAGCCCCGGCCGGCUCCGGGCGCGCCAGGCGCCAGCGGGGUCUUCUCGCCGCCGCCGGGCGCCUCCUCCGCCUCCAAGGACCUGCCCUGCUAUGAUGGCAAGAAAAGUAAAAACUGCCCCGGCGGCGGCGCCCCGCAAAGCCCCCCGAGGAGGGGAGUCCCGGACCCGGAGGCCGCCGUCAAGGUGCUGACUAGCGCCUGGAGCUGCUGCCCCUUUCAGUACCACGGACCACCUCAGGCCUCCCCGGGCGUCUACCCGCCGCCCCUCACCGCCGCCCUCCCGCCAGCCGCCGCCGCCGCCGCCCCCUUUCUGGGCUUGGGGCUGUGGAGGAAAAACGCCGCCUCUCCGACGGAAAGCGAGCCCUUCUGCAAGCCGGGAGGAGGAGGAGGAGGAGCGGGGCUGCAGAAGGUGCUGCGGCCAGUGGUGUGGAAGCCCAUCCCCACCAAGCCCGCCGCGGCGCCGCCGCCCCUCUUCAGCGUCUUCGGGUACAUUUAAGCCUGGCCCCAGCUUGCAAAGGCCUCUCUCCAGUCCAGGCCGUGCCCUGCUGCCUGGGCCGUCCGCGGCUGCAUCACUCCGACUGCGGCCCCGCGUGCGAGGCGGGGCCGGGGGGAGCGAAACAAAGCUGAGCCCCACACAGCCCGAAAGAGGAGCUGGGCUGGCUGGGCUCUCCGCGUCCCCAGUAUGGGGUGUCCUUGCUCGUGGGAAUACGCUCAGGAGGAGGGAAAGGGAAGGAGAGGACCCAGAUGACCCCAGUCCACCCCAGGACCAUCCACACACAGCACCCGGAAUAAAAAAUAGAGAGAGAGAGAGAUAGCCAGCCUGCUUGCUCUUGCCUGGGUUGGCAGGAGAGGUCCGAGGUUAAGCAAUAAGAACUAAUGGUCCGUGUGAAGUGUCAGGAGGAGGUUUCCCUCUGCCUGUUCUGUACUGUAUGGGAAGGGACUUGUAAGAAGUGCAAAGCAGACUUUUGCAAAUAGGAACUCCGUCCUUUUUGGCAUGUGACUAUAAAGAGGAAUAAUACAGAUAAUAAUAAUAAUAAAGUGAAAGCGUUGUUUCCUUUGAAUA